CGACAGGCCUCGCAUCCCACUUGGAAUUCACGACACCGCUGCCAGGCACCUCGAUUCUCUUCCAGUCGAGCGGCGUCCGGCCUGAAACCACCGCCAACAUGCCGCAAUCAAAAGCCACCCGGAAGUUCGAAAAGAACAAACUCGGCGAUGUGCUCAAGAAGCGCAAGGAAGUCGCCAAGAUCAAGCAGAGGAAGCAGAUGGACGCAAAGCGCAAAGAAAAGCGCGCAAGAGACAAUGCCCCCGCUGACGACGUCGAUGCUGCCGCCAGACCCAAGACCAAUGGCUCCAAAGACGAAGCUGCCUUUGGCGACAUGUCCAUGGACCAGUUUUUCCAGGGCGGCUUCGAGGUCCCCGAGAUGAACAAGAAACGAUCCACCAAGCCCAAGACUGGCAAGAGAAAGCGCACGCCCGUGGAGAAGGAAAAUGCUGAAGAAUCCGACUCCGAUGUCGACAUGGCCGACUCUGCUCCCGCCGACGACUCGGGCUCCGACGACGCUUCGGGCGACGACAUCGACACACAUAAAGACCAGCUGGCAGCGCUUGCCGACAAAGAUCCCGAGUUCUACAAGUACUUGAAGGAAAACGACGCUGAGCUUCUCGAUUUCGCAGAGGACGCUGAUCUGGACGAGAUUGAUGCUCUUAGUGCUAGCGAAGACGAGGGUGCCUCGCGGAAAAAACACAAGUCUGAUAAGAAGUCUCGGACCGAGGACGACGAUGAGGAGCCCGAGUCCGGUAGCAACGAAGUGUCUGGGAAGUUGAUAAAGAAAUGGAAAGCAUCAAUGGAGGAAAACUCUUCGUUGCGAGCCAUGAGAGAGGUCGUGCUAGCGUUCCGCGCCGCUGCUCACCUCAACGAUGAAGCCGACAAGACUUACAAAUACUCCAUAUCCAACCCUGAUGUCUACCAUGAAGUGCUUGUCACUGCUUUACAAUUGGUUCCCAAGGUAUUGCAACACCACCUUCCUGUCAAAGAGUCUGCAUCAGGCAAAGUCCGUGUAUCGACCGAUUCCAAAAAGUUCAAGACACUUACUCCGCUUUUAAAAUCGCAUACCGUUUCCCUACACCACCUUCUCGAGAACCUUUCGGACUCUUCAACCAUUGGCAUGACUCUCGAAUCUCUCCUCGCAUUGCUGCCGUAUAUCCUUUCGUUUAAGAAAAUCGUACGAGAAGUAACAAAGGCUGUGUCUUCCGUGUGGGCAGAUUCAUCAAACACCGAGGUCACUAGACUUUCGGCAUUCUUGGUUUUGCGACGCCUCAUAGUCAUCUCUGAUGCCAGCAUUCGGGAAGCCGUCCUCAAACAAACCUAUCAGGGACUUGUAAAGGGAGCACGGAAUACCACUGUUCACAACAUUCAAGGAAUCAACUUGAUGAAGAACACGGCAUCUGAACUUUGGGGCCUGGAUCCUAACGUGGGAUACACUACAGGUUUCGGUUUCAUUCGACAGCUCGCGAUUCACCUGCGACAAAGUAUCACGAAGCAGACAAAAGACUCAUAUAAAACAGUGUACAACUGGCAAUACAUCCACUCGCUCGAUUUUUGGUCACGCGUGGUUGCCGUGCAUUGCGAGUCGCUCAGGGAAGCAGAGUCUGGUAAAGAAUCGCCGCUUCGACCGCUCAUCUAUCCCGUUGUACAAGUUACCCUUGGAGCCAUGCGGUUGAUUCCUACAGCACAGUAUUUCCCUCUGCGAUUCCAGCUGAUACGGUCAUUGCUGCGCGUUUCUUCGGCUACAUCGACCUACAUUCCGUUGGCGCCCGCGCUUGUCGAAGUGUUGAACAGCACCGAACUGAAGAAACCACCUAAGCCGAGCACGCUGAAGGCGCUGGAUUUCAAUACGACAAUUCGCGCCACAAAAGCCUACCUUCGGACCCGCGUCUACCAGGAUGGCAUCGGCGAGCAGGUCGCCGAGUUGCUUUCUGAGUUUUUCGUUCUUUGGGCCAAGAAUAUCGCUUUCCCUGAAUUGGCACUCCCUGUCAUCGUCAUGCUUAAGCGAUGGGUCAAGUCUAUGACGAAGAAGGCGAGCGGAAACCGCAAUGCGAAGAUCAAUUCACUCAUUGCGCUGCUUGUUCAGAAGCUGGAAUCAAAUUCGAAGUGGGUAGAGGAGAAGCGAUCGAAGAUUGACUUUGCACCGAACAACCGCGCUGGCGUAGACGCAUUCUUGAAAGAUGUAGAGUGGGAGAAGACACCAUUGGGAGCAUACGUGUCCGGACAGCGGAAACAAAGGGAGCAAAAGGCCAAGAUGGAAGAAACGGCGAGGAAGACGGAGGACUUCAAACGCCGGCAAGCUGAGAAGCAAGAGGCGGCGCAGAACGCGGAAAAGUUUAGCGAUGCUGAAAGCGAAGACGAAGAUGCCGAAGAGGAGGAUGAGGACGAGGAUGAGGAUAUUGAGGAGAUGAAUGAUUCUAGUGAUGAAGCCGAGGACGAUGAGUAG